CACAUCGAGUCGUUUUCAAAGCAAGCUCGCAGGGACUUUGAAAAGAAAGGAGAAGCAAAGGCCCCCUGGCCUUUUCUCUGUCUCCAUCCCGUGUUGGCAAAGCAUGUAACGCGGCCCUGGUGGUGUGGCGGUCGCUGCAGUGGCGAGACACGAGGUUGGUCCGCCGCCACUGCGAGGAGGAGGUCGGAGUAGCCGAUGUUGGACGGAAACAGUCGAUGUUCACCGGAAAUUCACGAGGCCACGGGGAUGGCUGCCAGGUAGUGGGGAGACCUCCGGUUUCAGUAUAUCGGCAUCAGCUCAGUCUAGCCAACGCCGAGGUUGGAGUCGGAUUCGGAGUCGAGAUUGGCGCUUUUCGUCGUAGUCGUCGGGUCAGGUCAGGUGAGGUCAGGUCAGAGGGGUAGUCGCGUACGAACUGCUACCUUAACUUAGCCAGAUAUCGCCAUCAAAAGCUGACCAGCUGCCAGUGUCACAUCGAAGUGCUUCGUCGCGCCGUUUGUCUUCUGUUCUCCGUUUCGUCUGCUAGAUACCAUUAUUCAACCCCACAUCAUUCGACAAAGUUGUCUAUCCCCUAAUUUAUAUUCCUUGUUAGUCCUAAUUAUAUAUCCUUCAUCCUAAACCUGUCAUCCCAUAUCCUCUUCGUCAAGCUGAUUUCCGCGACUAACCGACUAAGCACUCCAGACGUCAUGUGUGAAGUGACUAUAUGACAGGCUCGACGAGGCAUGAGCUAAGGAUACCCGUGAAAAAAAUUGUGCGCAUGUGUCCAGUGGGAUAUACCAGUAAUAAAUCUCCACACGCAGAUCUGGAUAUACUGUCAACGCCUUCAAUCGGAUUGUCUCAUGACAGGAUGGCGCUGGCGCGACUUUCGGUGAGCGACUGUGCGCCUCAAACGUCGCGGGUCAGCUCGAAUUUGCACAGCAGCAGUAGCAUGGCUGUAAGCCGUGUUCCUAGCCCUCCGCCACCGGAAGUAAACACUCCCGUCGCCGAAAACUGGUGUUACACGCAGGUCUUAUAUGCACAGGUGAAGGUGGUUAAGUUCAGCUACAUGUGGACGAUAAACAACUUCAGCUUUUGUCGGGAAGAGAUGGGAGAGGUCCUCAAGUCAUCCACGUUCUCCGCUGGAGCCAACGAUAAACUUAAAUGGUGCCUACGAGUAAAUCCUAAAGGCCUGGACGAGGAAAGCAAAGACUACUUAUCACUUUACCUCCUUCUCGUUUCUUGCAAUAAGUCUGAAGUUAGAGCAAAGUUCAAAUUUUCUAUUCUUAAUGCCAAAAGGGAAGAAACCAAAGCUAUGGAAAGCCAACGAGCGUAUAGGUUCGUGCAAGGGAAGGAUUGGGGUUUCAAAAAAUUCAUCAGAAGAGACUUCCUGUUAGACGAAGCGAAUGGACUUUUACCUGACGAUAAACUCACGAUAUUCUGUGAGGUAUAUACCUUUGUCAGUGUGGUGGCAGACAGUGUCAACAUCUCGGGACAGAGUAAUACGAUACAGUUUAAAGUACCUGAGUGUCGACUACCCGACGAUCUUGGAUCACUUUUCGAAAACCAAAAAUUUAGCGACGUCACGCUUACAGUAUGUGGGAGAGAGUUCCAGGCACAUAAAGCAAUUUUAGCAGCAAGAAGUCCUGUUUUCUCGGCGAUGUUUGAGCACGAGAUGGAGGAACGAAAGCAGAAUCGAGUUGACAUCACGGAUGUAGACCACGAAGUUUUGAGAGAAAUGUUGCGGUUUAUUUACACCGGUAAAGCAACGAAUUUAGAAAAGAUGGCGGACGAUCUGCUCGCCGCCGCGGAUAAAUACGCACUCGAGAGGUUGAAAGUGAUGUGCGAAGAAGCUCUUUGUACGAGCUUAGCCAUCGAGAAUGCAGCAGAAAUUCUCAUCUUAGCUGAUCUUCAUAGCGCCGAUCAACUCAAGGCGCAAGCCAUAGACUUUAUUAACACUCAUGCAACGGACGUGAUGGAUACGCCGGGGUUUAAGUCCAUGAUAGGUUCUCAUCCCCACCUGAUAGCGGAGGCAUUUCGAGCCCUAGCCACCCAACAGAUCCCACCGAUCGGCCCGCCUCGAAAACGAGUCAAACAGAGCUGAAAACAGUCACCGUUGACUCCGGGUACGACUACUACAUCGCCCCCUCCCCUCUUACAUCCUUCUUGACUUUUAUGUACAGUGAUAUUUCGUAGUGCUAAAUAAAUGUUUCCUAGUGCGCCAACUCUCUGGUCCACUUAAAACGAAAAGAAAACACAACAAAAAGCUAAAAAAAAAAGAGAGAGAAACGAAAGAAGGGAUGAAUCGACGCGCCGAGAAGGAGGUCCAGUCGCCCCGGGAACGUCAAGUUGUCAGCAGCUCAUGCCAGGACUCUUUCUUGUGUUCAGUGAGUGUUAGUGGGGAUAGAGAGUGAGAGAGAGAGAGAGAGGGAGAAAAAAAAACUGUUUGAAAUGCGAAUAUGUUUCGCAGUGUUUCGGGCCACUUGACUGGCGGCGGAAUCCUGCUUCUUUGUGCCGCGCGACCAGAAAAAUCCUCUCCUCGGCCAGACAACGCCGACGUGUCUCAAUCGAUGUCCCGAGUCCAAGGACACGAGGAGGACCCAAUUUUGCUCUUUAUUCUCGUAGGCGUUGUUGCGCGACAGGACCAACCACCAGAACCAGAGGACCAAGACUAUCGGAGCUCCCUAGUUGCCACGAGACGACACAAAAGUUGUGAUAGGCGUCGGCCAGACGAUUGUAACCAUUUUGUUCCUUUUUCAACGGAUCAAACAAAACCACUUCCCUCGUCUACAACGGGACUGGGGAAUUAGAUACUUUGUUUAUUACUGAUAGUGAUUUUUAAUUGUAAAUCAUACAACUCUUCCAACAUGGAAAAAUGAUUCUAGUUAGCGUUUUUUAUGAUCUCUUUUCUCUCGAUAUGUAUGAUGGUUACUGCGGUUAUGACUCAACGCUGCGCGACAUGUGGCCCCCUGUAUUUUUGUAUAUUUUUUGCCUGCAGACAUCAUCCCGAUACUCGUCGAUUUAUUUCUAGAUUUUCCUAGGGCUUUAUUUCUCGCGACUCUAGCAUCUCAGCUGAAAAGCGGCUCGCUGCAAUUUUUACACUGUACGACUGCUAAUCCUCGGGGUCGCACAUUUCAUUCUUCCUACUUGGUUACUUCUUACUUACUUACUUACUUACUGGUCUUGCUAACUAUUUCAACACCCUUAAUUAAUUAGCGAUAUAAUUUUAUUAUUCAGUUAAUUUUGCUCGAACAAAUUUCAAGAUAAUUUAUUGUAAAAUACCUUUUCAAUCGAAGAUUAUUAUUAUUAUUAUUAUUAUUAUUAUUAUUAUUAUUAUUGCACCCGAGGAGCUUGUAUUCUCGUAGUACAGUGUUGUAUAAAAUUUAAGGUUGUCCAUAAUUUGUUGGAUGUUGAAAUUUUGCGGAGGGUUCUUUAUAUUAUAUCGAAGCGUGGUCGAUUUCAAGAGUGAUUAUUGGAGACGAUCAACUGAAGAAAGUCAAUGACUUUUUCAUCUCGCUGGAGCGUUAUUAAGUAAUUCGUACGGAUGGAAAAUAAAAGCAAAAGGUACGCGAGUAUAGUUAAACGUUAGUCAAUUACUCUCUGAGGGAUAUUAACUGUUUUUUUUCUGUAAUUAAUAACUGUUAAAGUCGGAAAAAUUGGUGGCGAAUGAACAGAAUUAUGGGCAACCAGAGGCAACGGUAAUCAUCGUUUAGUACUAAACUGGCUUCCCGAUCCCCCAACUUAGUUUUAUCGAAUAUCGAAUACUUACCAUUACGUUAACGAUGAAUAUUAAUGCCAUACGUGUUCUGUGAUAAGUCCAUUUAUAGUAGUUGCAACUGCGUCUCUGCUCCUGUUCUCGAUCCUUUGCGCCGCGCCCUUUAAAUAAAUAUGAUUCUGGCAGCCAGUGAAGUUCUCUAUAUGCAGCGACUAUUGCCAGACAGUCCCAAAGUUUUUCUUUUGCCUACUUUUUUAUUUUAAGAUUUUUACCACACGUGUACAUAUCUAUCUACUAUAUUUUAUAUGCCUCGAACGAUUCUCAGCGUUUGAAAAUAUCUUUUCUUCUCCUUCUUCUUCUUUUUCUUCUUCUUAUUUUAUUUUAUUAUUUUUUUCUUGUUCUCAUGCUUAGAGCCGAAUUCCUCCUCCUUGGAUCAUGACAUUUACAGAUUUUGAACAAAAUUCGACACUUGGCAAAAAUGUUAUAACACGAAUGUUUUUAACUAAAUUGAUAAUAAGCAUUUCUUUGGGACUGUGGGAUGAUUUCUUAAGAAAAUGUUCAAUGUUUCAACUGAACCGCCGAUGUUACACGAAUGACAAUUUGAGAAAAUUUAUCGUCGAUAGCGAUCUGCAGCAAGAAUAUAUGAGUGUAUGACUGGAUAAUUUGAUAAACUAAGUACAAUUAAGACAAGCGUUACCUCAUCAUUGAAAACAGUAUGAGUGGGUCAUGGAUCAACCACGCGAGUUUCGUUUGGUACACUUCCAAUGUACGAUGCAUUUAAAUUGAAAGCUUUUUUUUGUAAGGAACGAUCUCGCAGUGGUCUUUCCUGAUUCAUAGUACUGAUCAUCGACACCAGCUCAUACAAACGUUCAUUUUUCCAUUUAUUUUAAGUCAAUGCACCGCAUCGAAUAAAUUACAUUUUCAUUAUAAA